CGCGGUCCGGGGUGGAGGGGCUGGUGACGCGGGGAGCAGCUAGUGAGCCGCACCGCACACAGGAGCUCACACACACACGCGCGCACACCCGCGCGCGCACCCACUGGAUCUCCAGGCGGCGGCCGCGGCCGCAUCUCCGGCAGCAGCUCCGGGCUAAGUGACAGGUAGGAGAAGGCUUUCCGAGUCCCGCCCGAGGAUGCUCCCUCCCGCCUGGGCCCGCGGGGCUUGUUUGUUCCCGGCGGGAGCGUCCCGGACGCGCGCGCGCGCACCCAGAUGCCCUGCCCCGGAGCCGGUGCGGUGGCCGGGCGCCCGGAACGCGCGAGAGCUGGGGGUCCGCGCGGCCGCCCCUCCCUCUGCAGUCAUCGCCUGUUGGGUUUCUUUAGACUCUGUCCAGACAUUCGCUGCUUCUGGCUGGAAAUAGCUCGGCUCGACGUGUAUAUGAUCAUUUCGGUUGGAAAUAGUUGGCACGGUGCAACGCAUGUAAAUGUGUAUGCGUGUGGCUCGCCUUACCUCUUCUGGGGAAAUAAUAGAUUCAUCAGAUUCACUGAGGAGCACUGUUCAGGCUUCACUCACCCUGGUCUGGGAAUCCUUCAUCUCUGAGAUUAGAACCAAAAACACCCUCCUUGGUGGUCACAUCUGAAGAGGACAGCACUGCAGCUGGACUAAGCAGAAGUCACCUUUAGCCAGACCCAAGCCAUCUGGUCUUGACUCUAAUCAUGGCCAAACCUUAUGAAUUUAAUUGGCAGAAGGAAGUUCCUUCCUUUUUGCAAGAAGGAGCAGUUUUUGACAGAUAUGAAGAGGAAUCCUUUGUGUUUGAACCCAACUGCCUCUUCAAAGUAGAUGAAUUUGGCUUCUUUCUGACCUGGAGAAGUGAAGGCAAGGAAGGCCAGGUGCUAGAAUGUUCCCUCAUCAACAGUGUUCGGCUGGGAGCCAUACCAAAGGAUCCCAAAAUUUUGGCUGCUCUUGAAGCUCUUGGCAAAUCAGAAAAUGAUCUGGAAGGGCGGAUAGUUUGUGUCUGCAGUGGUGCAGAUCUGGUGAACAUCAGUUUCACGUACAUGGUGGCUGAAAAUCCAGAAAUAACUAAGCAAUGGGUCGAAGGCCUGAGAUCCAUCAUUCACAACUUCAGGGCCAACAACGUCAGCCCGAUGACGUGCCUCAAGAAGCACUGGAUGAAAUUGGCAUUUAUGACCAACACAAAUGGGAAAAUUCCAGUUAGGAGUAUUACUAGAACCUUUGCAUCGGGGAAAACAGAAAAGGUGAUCUUUCAAGCACUCAAGGAGCUAGGUCUUCCCAGUGGAAAGAAUGAUGAAAUUGAGCCUGCCGCAUUUACUUACGAAAAGUUCUAUGAACUGACACAAAAGAUUUGUCCUCGGACAGAUAUAGAGGAUCUUUUCAAAAAAAUCAAUGGAGACAAAACUGAUUAUUUAACGGUAGACCAAUUAGUGAGCUUUCUAAAUGAACAUCAACGAGAUCCUCGACUGAAUGAAAUUUUAUUCCCAUUUUAUGAUGCUAAAAGGGCAAUGCAGAUCAUUGAGAUGUAUGAGCCUGAUGAAGAUUUGAAGAAACAAGGCCUCAUAUCAAGUGAUGGGUUUUGCAGAUACCUGAUGUCAGAUGAAAAUGCCCCCGUCUUCCUAGAUCGUCUAGAGCUGUACCAAGAAAUGGACCACCCUCUGGCUCACUACUUCAUCAGCUCUUCCCACAACACCUAUCUCACUGGCAGACAGUUUGGUGGGAAAUCUUCAGUAGAAAUGUACAGACAGGUCCUCCUGGCUGGUUGCAGAUGUGUUGAACUUGACUGUUGGGAUGGAAAAGGUGAGGACCAAGAACCGAUAAUAACUCAUGGAAAAGCGAUGUGCACAGAUAUCCUUUUCAAGGAUGUUAUUCAAGCCAUCAAGGAAACUGCCUUUGUCACGUCGGAAUACCCUGUGAUUCUCUCCUUUGAAAACCACUGCAGCAAAUAUCAACAGUACAAGAUGUCCAAAUAUUGUGAAGAUCUAUUUGGAGAUCUCCUGUUGAAACAAGCACUUGAAUCACAUCCACUGGAACCAGGCAGACCCUUGCCAUCCCCGAAUGACCUCAAAAGAAAAAUACUCAUCAAAAACAAACGACUGAAACCUGAGGUUGAAAAAAAACAGCUUGAAGCUUUGAAAAGUGUGAUGGAAGCAGGAGAAUCCGCUGCCCCAGUGAACAUCCUAGAGGAUGACAAUGAAGAGGAAAUAGAAAGUGCUGAGCAAGAGGAGGAAGCUCACCCUGAAUACAAAUAUGGAAAUGAACUUUCUGCAGAUGACUUGGGUCACAAGGAAGCUAUUGCCAAUAGUGUCAAGAAGGCUUCAGAUGACCUUGACCAUGAAAACAGCAAAAAGGGCCUGGUUACCGUAGAAGAUGAGCAGGCGUGGAUGGCGUCUUACAAAUAUGUGGGUGCUACCACUAAUAUCCAUCCGUAUUUGUCCACAAUGAUCAACUACGCACAGCCUGUAAAGUUUCAAGGUUUCCAUGUGGCUGAAGAACGCAAUAUUCAUUACAACAUGUCUUCUUUUAAUGAGUCAGUCGGUCUAGGCUACUUGAAGACACACGCCAUAGAGUUUGUGAAUUAUAACAAACGGCAAAUGAGUCGCAUUUACCCCAAGGGAGGCCGAGUGGACUCCAGUAAUUACAUGCCUCAGAUUUUCUGGAACGCUGGCUGCCAGAUGGUUUCGCUGAACUAUCAAACCCCAGAUUUAGCGAUGCAAUUGAAUCAGGGGAAAUUUGAGUAUAAUGGAUCCUGCGGGUACCUUCUCAAGCCAGAUUUCAUGAGACGGCCCGAUCGAACAUUCGACCCUUUCUCUGAAACGCCUGUUGACGGGGUUAUUGCAGCCACUUGCUCCGUGCAGGUCAUAUCAGGUCAGUUCUUAUCAGAUAAGAAAAUUGGCACAUAUGUAGAAGUGGACAUGUAUGGGCUGCCCACGGACACUAUCCGAAAGGAGUUCCGCACUCGCAUGGUGAUGAACAACGGUCUCAAUCCCGUUUACAAUGAAGAGUCAUUUGUGUUUCGGAAGGUGAUCCUCCCCGACCUGGCUGUCUUGAGGAUCGCCGUGUAUGAUGACAACAACAAGCUGAUCGGCCAGAGGAUUCUGCCUCUGGACGGCCUCCAAGCAGGCUAUCGACACAUAUCCCUCCGGAAUGAGGGAAAUAAACCUUUAUCGCUGCCAACCAUUUUCUGCAACAUUGUCCUAAAAACAUAUGUGCCUGAUGGAUUCGGAGAUAUUGUGGAUGCUUUAUCAGAUCCAAAGAAAUUUCUUUCCAUUACGGAAAAGAGAGCGGAUCAAAUGAGAGCUAUGGGCAUUGAAACUAGUGACAUCGCCGAUGUGCCCAGUGACACUUCAAAGAACGACAAGAAAGGGAAAGCCAACACAGCCAAAGCGAAUGUGACCCCUCAGAGCAGCUCGGAGCUCAGGCCAACCACCACAGCUGCCCUGGGGGCUGGCCUGGAGGCCAAGAAAGGUAUUGAACUGAUCCCUCAAGUGAGGAUAGAAGAUUUAAAGCAGAUGAAGGCUUACUUGAAGCAUUUAAAGAAACAACAGAAAGAGCUCAAUUCUUUAAAGAAGAAACAUGCAAAGGAACACAGUACCAUGCAGAAACUACAUUGCACGCAAGUUGACAAGAUUGUGGCACAGUACGACAAGGAGAAAUUGACUCAUGAGAAAAUCCUCGAGAAGGCAAUGAAGAAGAAAGGGGGAAGUAACUGUCUUGAAAUGAAGAAAGAAACAGAAAUUAAAAUUCAGACGCUGACAUCAGAUCACAAAUCUAAGGUCAAGGAGAUUGUGGCACAGCACACAAAGGAGUGGUCAGACAUGAUCAACACCCACAGUGCGGAGGAGCAGGAGGUCCGGGACCUGCACCUCAGCCAGCAGUGCGAACUGCUCAGAAAGCUGCUGAUCAGCGCCCACGAGCAGCAGACCCAGCAGCUGAAACUGUCCCAUGACAGGGAAAGCAAAGAGAUGCGAGCCCACCAAGCUAAGAUUUCUAUGGAAAAUAGCAAAGCCAUCAGCCAAGAUAAAUCCAUCAAGAAUAAAGCAGAACGGGAAAGGAGAGUCAGGGAGUUAAAUAGCAGCAACACUAAAAAGUUUCUGGAAGAAAGAAAGAGACUCGCCAUGAAGCAGUCCAAAGAAAUGGAUCAGUUGAAAAAAGUCCAGCUGGAGCACCUCGAAUUCCUAGAGAAACAGAAUGAGCAGCUUUUGAAAUCCUGUCAUGCAGUGUCCCAAACUCAAGGCGAAGGAGAUGCAGCAGAUGGUGAAAUUGGAAGCCGAGAUGGACCGCAGACCAGCAACAGUUGUGUGAAACUCCAGGACACAAACUGAACCCACAGAACCACCCCAUCAAAGAGCAGUCCCCAGCUUCUGAACACAGAUUCCAUGGAGGAAAGCUGAUGCCUUCUGCGUUUCCUUUUCAUGUAGACAAAAGGUCACCUGAAACCACAGAGACUUCCGUCUCUUAAACAUUCUGAAUACUAAAUUUCCUUGCUCAACCAAAAGUAGUUACAAAUCCCCCCAAAUUGCGACUCCAGUAAGUCAGAGUUUACCUGUUGAUCAUACCACUUCGACAUGUUUGCCCGAAAAUAUCAUCACAAGUAAAUGAGCUUGGUGUUAAAAACUCUGCUUUGUGAUGCGUUCAGACAUGUUUGAGCAGCAGCAAAAAUAGUGCAUUAGCCAUGUCAUAGCAAGCACAUGCACUGGGGUGGGGGGAGGAAACUGUCUGCAGAUUAAUAGCAGCAGUGGUGAUCUGCUAGACAGCAACUGGGGGGAUUUUUCUACAUGAGUUACCUCAUCAGUAAGUGCCAUGUCUCCACCAUGCCAUACAAAGCUAACUUCCUAUAACAGUCACGGAAACGGUUAGAACAACAGAAAAAUAGAACUGUGUCCUUGUGCCAAAACCAGUGUGCUCACAAGGAGAACUCUCAGGCACGUUUAAGAAGCUGACAUCUGACAUUGCUUCCUAGGAAUUGCUUCUGCUGACCCUAGAUUACUACAGCUCACUCUUACACCAUGAAGAUUGUGAAGUGGUUAUUGGCAACUGUUUGUAAAUGUGACCAUGUAAAAAGUAUUUAUGCUCCUAAUUCACACUGUCAGAGAGCAAAAUCAUGUUAAGUAUUGCCACAUGACAAGAUUAGUGAACAGGAAUACUAGAACUAUCUUUGCAUGAUACACAAGCACCAAUUAUGACUAAUCCGUACACAGUUAACCUAAUGCAAAUACAUACUGGUUAAGUAACUGUAUGGCACAGAAUAUAAUUUGACUCUCAAGACUUUUAGCAUAAUGAAAAAGUCUAUAUAUAUGUGUAUAUGAACUAUGUGGGCAUUCUUGAUACUUCAAGUUCUAGUUUCAAAAAAAAAUACAUAACUAAUUUAAUUUUACACAAAAAAUAUUUAUGCAGAUUUUCAGAAUUUCAUAUCAGGAAAUAAUCUUUUUAUGUCUGUUAAAUAUCAAAACAAUUUGCUACAGUGUUAAUCUGCAUGGUCGUUAAGCCUGUUGUAGUUGUGUUGCAGACAGUGCAUGGAAAAGUCCCUCCUGGGAUGGAGCUGUGCCCCAACGCCCAGAGGAGCGCAUGGAAACUGCACUCGAGAACUAAUCAGAUCACUGAUUUAGGGCACCAACCACCAACCGGAUUGUUGUAUAUGCUUGUACAGAUUGAUUCUGUGUGUUCCUCUGAGUAAAACAGAGAAUUAUGUUACCAUCAAUACUGAAAGUAAGCUUCCAACUUCUCUAAUAAAAAAAUGAAAACACA